AUGGGCCUUGGAAAGACCUUAUCUAUAAUUGCGCUCAUUGUGGAUGCAAAAAUCGCCAGAAAAGAAAGGAGACGUAAUGGCAAAGAUGAACAGGACAGGGAACGAAAGAAACGCAUUCGUGAUGAGGGGUUAAUACCGACCAAUUCUACUCUGGUAAUUGCACCUGCAGCUUUGAUUUACCAUUGGGAAGCGGAAAUCAAGUCUCGCUGCGAGGAUCACCUGUUGAAGGUCAAGGGAGAAAGUCCGCUUGCUGAUGUUCAUUGGGCUCGGAUUGUGCUCGAUGAGGCGCACGCUGUAAAAAAUAGGAAAACAAAGGCAUCAAAGGUAGAGUUACCUGAAAAACAUAGCUAUGAACACAUGUUGGAAUUCACUGACAGCGAACGGAAGGCUUAUGACUUGAUGUAUGAAGCAUCGAGGGCGAGAGUAAGGGAAAUGAUAACUGAAGAAGAGGCAGACGAGAGAUUCGGUGCACGUGUGACAAAGAAGCGUGAUGCGACAUUAACGAGCAAAAAUGUAUUCCUUGGUUCUGCUGCUAACUCAAAUCCGAACUCUAAAUUCGGAAAAAUGGGUUGUAUNAAACGAGAUCCUGAGGCACUGGCGAGAGUAAGGGAAAUGAUAACUGAAGAAGAGGCAGACGAGAGAUUCGGUGCACGUGUGACAAAGAAGCGUGAUGCGACAUUAACGAGCAAAAAUGUAUUCCUUGGUUCUGCUGCUAAUUCAAAUCCGAACUCUAAAUUCGGAAAAAUGGGUUGUAUGUUGGUAAUUUUGCUGCGUCUUCGUCAAGCGUGUAUUCAUUUCUUCUUAACUAAAAAUGCUGUAGAUAUGGAGGCUUUUCAAUCAAUAGGCUUCGAAAAUCCACUUAGUGCUGAAGAACAAGAAAAUUUAGUUAAUCUCACUAUAGACAAAUACAUGGGCCCAAAUGAAGUGGAAAACAUUACCGAUAUUUUUGAAAGAAAAUAUGUCAGUGCUAAGAUCGAGCUCGCUCUGGAACUUCUUGGGCGUAUCCUCCAAGAUGGUGAAAAGUGUGUCAUUGUAUCCCAAUGGACCUCUUUCUUGAAGAUCCUUGAGGAGCAUAUCAAUAAACGAUUCCCACAUGCUUAUUGCUCAACGAUUUGUGGUGAAACCCUUCCCAUUGAACGGCAAAAUCGUGUAAAUAGUUUCAAUGAAGAUGCUAAUGGAAUAGUUGUAAUGCUUAUUUCUAUCACAGCUGGAGGUGUAGGAUUGAAUCUAACGGGAGGAAAUCAUCUUAUUCUUAUGGACCUUCACUGGAAUCCAGCUCUGGAGCUACAGGCCCGUGAUCGCAUUCAUCGCAUGGGUCAGACGAAAGAAGUGCACCUGCAUAAGUAA